AGAGUGAGUUAAAGGCUAAAUCGCAUACCGGAACAGAAAGAAGACGAAGACGAUAAAUAUGUCUUCUUCUGGUAUAGUAUCGGACUUUGAAGCCGCGUCGAAUUCAGCCGUUUCUUCCGCCGCCUCCGGCGUGCAAGUCACUACCUUUACGGAGCUCGUCGAUGAAGUGCCCCUCCACUUUCAGAUCAUUCGCCUCACCAACCAGGUCUUCAAUUUCUUCAUUUAUUUAAUAUUAAUCUCACGAAUUUACAUAUUGGGGAAUUUAUAUGCCGCUGCUCCUACACGACCCAAUAAUACGGUGAGCGUGACUUCAAUUCUUGGAGGUGCUUCAGAUAAGACUGCUUCUGGAAUUACUCGACGAUUAGUGCUAAAGACUGGACUUAAUAUAGUUGUGGCGUGUAAUAUCCCAAAGAAUAACCCAAUGAUUGAGGCAAAUGCUGGAAAGAAGUUGAUAGAGAAGCUAAUUUCCAUGGGCUACUCGAGGAUGAAACCCGGAUUCCCGAGGCCAGAGUUGCCGUCCUCGUAGUUGCAUUUGAUAAGCAAUUAGAUCAAACAUGCCCUCUUAAUGGUGAAUGUAGUUUGCAUUGUACCAGUAAGCAAUUAG